AUGUGUUGUUCUCCACAAUCAUUCCUGUUACGCGAUUUGCCAUUAUGCAAGCGUGACCGCGCCGCAUCCGCAACGCAGCCGCGCCGUAACCGCACACAACCACAGUGCGAUCGUAUCCAACAAUCUCGACGAUUCAUUUCAGGUGCAACACACUGUCCGAGCGGCGUUACGUCCUCGGAAAAGAUGCUUGACAUUAUGACAACAUUAUUCUCUAAUUUUGCCAAAUAUGGAAAUCCUAAUGAUGACCCAUCUGCCUCAAGUAAUGGUAAAAUAUGGGAGCCUUAUGAUUGCAAACAACCUUUUCGCCAUCUCCGUAUCAAUCUACCAUAG